AGGAGUCAUGGCUGGGCGAGGAGCCCCCCUCGUGACAGCGAGGGAGGCAGGGAGGUAAAGAGUGGGACUCACAGGAGACCCGGGGAUCCUGAGACUCUGAGAGACACCGUCAUGGACCCAAGCAUUCACGCUCUGGAGCUGUUGGGGGUCUUCUUCUCGGCGGGGGCCUGGCUCUGCUCGCUGGCCACCACCCUGAUGUCCACCUGGCUCACGCUGUCCACCGAGCUGCUCCCCACCGAGAGCUACAAGCUGGGGCUGUGGGAGACCUGCGUGCUGCAGGACCUCGGGGUGCUGGAGUGCCGGCCCUACAACAGCCUCCUGGGCCUGCCGUCGGACAUCAAACUGGCCCGGAUCCUCAUGUGCGUGACGGUGGCCGCCGGGCUGCUCGGGCUCCUGCUGACCAUCCCCGGCAUGCACGUGGUCAACAGCUGCCACGGCCAGCUGGAGGACCUCAAGUGCAAGAGGGCGUUGAAGAUGGCAGGGGGGGCGCUGUGCCUGGUGUCCGGGAUCCUGGGACUCAUCCCGGUCUCGUACAUCGCCCACCUCACGGUCACGCGGUUCUUCGAUGAGUCGGUGCCGGAGGUGGUGCCGCGCUGGGAGUUCGGGGACGCUCUGUUCUGCGGCUGGACGGCGGGGUUUCUUCACCUGGUGGCGGGAACUCUGCUGCUGACUUCCUGUUUGUGUCUGCAGAAGGAAAACUGUACCACACCUGUCCCCAUCCCUGGGGUGAGGGUGCAGCCUGGACUGCCCGCCAUCAGAACCAGAUCUGAGUACGUCUGACUACUGCUACUGAAACCGCUUCCCAUCAGGGACGACACAAGUCUGUUUCCACAUCUACUCUUCUCCAAAUUCAUUGAAUUAUGUCAAAUGACUCCAACAUGGUGGUUUUUGGUGCUCCAAAAUCCAAAAAUAACAAAGACAACCGCAAUAAAAUGGCUUCUUUUCUCAGUGUAGUUCUGAAUCACAGAGUUUUAGAUGUUUAAAAUGGGAGGACGAAUGUCCAAAGCUCUGUGAUUCAGAACUACACUGAGAAAAGAAGCCAUUUUAUUAUGUUUUUUCCUGUCUGGGUCGGAGAUUACAACCUCGUGCUCUGCAGCCAAACUUUGUGACUUAAAGUUUUGUGGGUCUGAACAAACGAAAUGUGUCUGAAAUGAUGCUUCAGCACAAAAAACAUUCAGGUUCCAGGAGUCCAGAAGUUACGCCUGGGAAGAGAACAACACUGAUAAAACACGUAAUGCUUUGUUUCGUCACUGAAGUCACGAUUUCACAGAACAAAUGUGUCCAGUUCUGGUUUCUUAUCUCCAAGUUUAUUAUUACAUCCUUUACUCUGUUCCAGCUCUUCCCUGAAGCUCCGUGUGAAAUAUUCAAAUCCAACACUCGACGUCCAAAAUUCAGCCCGACGCAGUUUAGCAUCUUCUUUAAAAUAAAGUUUGUUUUGUGUUUUGAUCAGUUUGGCUGCACAGCUCGAGUUUCUAACGGCCGACACACUCAAGACUUCUGAUCUGACGUCUAAAAAGCGACGGUUUUAAAGACUCUGUGAUUAACAGCUACUUAUUCCUGUAGAUGCAACUUUUGGACUUUGAAAAAAGUUUUAUAAAAAUAAUACAAAAAACUGGAUUUGUUUACGUAUAAUUUUAAACACAUUUCCCCCAAAUUCAGCCUGACAGUUUAAUUCUCAAAGAUACUAAAGUUUUUUUUGUGUUUGAACAGAGUUUGGCUGCACAGCUCGAGUUUUUAAACCUCAAAACGUUGGAAUUCUUUCACACAAGUUUAAUCUUAUUGACCUUAUUUGAGCCCAUAAAUAUAUUUAAAUCCCUAAAGUGUCAUUUCCUCCUCAGUUUCAAUCAUUCUGAUGUUUUGUUGUGUAUUUUUCACUCGAGAAAAUCCCCUUUUUACGGAGCCAAAGAGACAAAACGUGCUGCUGUUUCCUGUUUUAUCUGUCCUGUUUGUGCAAUAACUGUCUGCAUCUGAACUCAGUGACAGUCACAGUUUGCUGCCUUUGUUCUGCGUGCUGAGGCUCCCACAGCCUCAAAGUACUGAUUAUAAAUUAUGGAAAAGGCUCAGUUAUCGACAUUAUUCACUCACAGUCAUCAACAGGUUGGAAAAAUGGUUCCUGAGUUUAAUUUGGAGGAAAAAACUGUACUUUAUCGUCAGGAAAACUGCAGUUAGAGACUAAAUGUGCACGUGUGUGUAUUUUUAUUUGUUGUGGUUUGAUGUUUGAAAGAGAAAAAGAAGCCGCUGAUGUGUUUUGUUUAAAAUCACUUCAUGUUCAAUCAGAUGCAGAUGAAUGAUUGUUAUGAUUAUUACGCUUUGAAUCAAGUUAUAGUUCUGAAUAUCAUCAGCAGGUGAUUGUAAAGACGAGCAGCAUGUAAAUAAAGAUGCUACGGAAUAAAAAUGUCUGAUGAAACUGAA